AUAUUUUUGUUAAAUCUUUGUAAAAAAAAAUACAAUUUUAGCUAGCUAGAUCUAGUUAUUUUUAAGCAAGACAAUUCUAGAUUCUAUACUGCUGUUAACUGCGUACUGUUUUCCAAACAUUUUACUUCUACAAGGCCCUAGUCUGGUUUUUUAUUCUUCUACCCAUUCAUUGAGAUUGUUUGGUUUCGUUUUACACAGAAGGCAACCUGUAUCUGAGUCCGCGACAGUCCAUUAUGAUUAUGAUGAAAGCUUUUGCCAAACAUUUCAUUAAAUAUUUCCAUUAUUUCCUAUGCUUCUUUGUACUAUGUCUAGUUGUUGUAAGUGUAGGAAAUUUACAAGUGUUUGUGUCAAAACAAUACCUGCAUUUCUGGAAUGUUGAGUCGUCAGUUCUGUCACGUUUUCUAUGGGAUCUCUUGCUCCUUGUUGGAUUUAUAGUACAACAUAGUCUAAUGGCAACUCAGGGGUUCAAAGAGAAUCUGGCUUGGAUGAACAUAACCAUAUCCCAGAGGCUAAUUUACAUCACAUGCACCUGCUUUGUUUUGCUGUUUGUAAUUUUUCAAUGGCAGUCAAUUCCUGACACAUAUCUCUGGUUCAUCGACACUCAAGGCAGGUUCUUCUUGUGGCUUUUCUUCUUCCUGUUACAUGUGUUAGCCUGGUUUCUGCUUGGGUUGGAACUUCUACUGGUAGACUUUGGAGAUUUGUCUGGGAUUAGUCAGGUUUAUAGAUACCACAACUCACUGAACCAACCUUUAGCUAAGCACAUUAUUCUAAUGGAGAUCUACACCCGCAUGAGACACCCUGGGGUUGUUUUAUUUACUGCCAUGUUGUGGGUCCACCCCCUUAUGACACUUGACCGCCUCCUUCUGGCCUGCGUUAUGUCCAGUUACAUGGUGGGGAGACACAGUUUUGAGAAAGUCCAUUCCGAGUAUGCUGAGAAAUACUUUACUGUGUCAACACUUCACAGAAAGUCAUCUGUGAGAUUUGAUGUGACCAAAGAAAAUUAAGGCUGUGACUAGUUAACUACACAUUAAAUUAUUUAGGAUUCUAUUUUAACUAUUAUUAUAGGCCUAUUACACCUAUAUUAUAUUUAUCAAUACAUUUUAGCUUGAAAAUGUAAAAAGCAUUUAAAAUAGCACUUGUUAUUUAAGUGUAAUUGUAAUUAUAUACUUAAUAUUCCUUAUAUUAAAAUUUGUAUUUAUUUAUUUCUCUUUUCAUGACUGCGUUCUACAAUAUCACAUAAACA